GCUGGUAGAAGCUUGUUGCUUAAAUCUGUGCAGUGCCAGAAAGUAAAGAAGAAACGACGUCGGGCACGCAGACAGAAUAACAAGCUUUAAUUCUGCGAACAGAGUAAGAGCAAAAUGGGUUGUUGAACUGACGUCUCGGGAACACUUGUCACCUUGUUUUCGUUAGUUCAGUUGAGCUGCCGUGUCGUCUCCCCUAGCUGGUGCGUGAUCGCCGUAUCCUCCGGGAUGAUGAGAUCACCAAUAGAAAGUGCCUUUGAGAAGAUUUCCCCGACUUGAAGUUGGUCCGUGUACAUUGGUCUGUAUCUGCUUUCUUUAAGGCCAGACUCAAGCACCAACACAGCAUACCUCAGCUGCAAGCCCUUCACCACCACUUUGUACAAUAUCACCACCUAAAUCAAUGCUAAAAUAGACCCACAAUAUAAGAGAAUAGGAGGAUGGAGACGAAUGACCUGAGAAUGACUACAGUGACAAGCCUGCAUUAACUUUCCCCCACUUGUCUGAUAUUUAUGGACACCAUCAGUUGUGGAAUAUACAAUUGAACUUGACCUAGAAAAAAAAACAUCUACAGUUGUUUCCCAUUGAUGAGUGAUUUCUCAGCCAUCUGAUCUUUCUGUUCCAGCUGAUGGAGGACUUACCAGGUUGUCUUAAAAGAGGACUUUGUACAUACAGUCAACCUACAGAUUUUAGUGUAUGAGGCACAGAACAAUAAUAUUGACUUUUAAAAUUUAAUGUAUGAUUUAAAACCUUUGGACAUGGCAUUGAACAUUUCUUCAGUAAGAGACACAAAAUGGCUGACACUGGAAGUCUGUCGACAGUUUCAGCGAGGAAACUGUUCUCGUAGGGACGAGGAAUGCAAAUUUGCUCAUCCACCGAAGAGCUGCCAAGUUGAAAAUGGUAGAGUUAUUGCCUGCUUUGACUCACUGAAGGGCCGAUGCUCAAGAGAAAACUGCAAGUAUCUUCAUCCACCUUCGCACUUAAAAACCCAGUUGGAGAUAAAUGGGCGCAACAAUCUCAUCCAGCAGAAGACUGCGGCAGCCGUACUCGCCCAACAGAUGCAGCUUGUGAUCCCUGGACCCAGCCUGCAGCCUGUGGGACUUGGCACAAAUACUGGUCUUGGUUAUGGCUCAUACAUGACACCCUUGAGCCAUGGAAUGAGCCUUGUUCCCUCAGACAUCCUCCCUAGCACCCAAGUUCUUGUUCCUGGGAGCCCACCUGUCACGGUCCAGAGUUCCUCCUCUUCUUCUUCUUCUUCCUCUUCUUCUCCCUCACAGAAGCUGCAACGUACAGACAAACUAGAGGUUUGUCGUGAAUUUCAGCGGGGAAACUGUUCAAGAGGGGAGACAGAUUGCCGCUUUGCUCACCCCAGUGACAGUCCAAUGAUUGACACCACUGAUAACACUGUCACUGUUUGCAUGGACUAUAUCAAGAGCCGCUGCUCCAGGGAGAAGUGCAAGUAUUUUCACCCACCUGCACACUUGCAGGCCAAAAUCAAAUCCAGUCAACAAGUCAAUCAGACAGCCAUCACAGCCCAGGCCGCAGCUGCAGCCGUGACUCAGUCGACUGCCAAAGCAAUGAAGCGACCCCUCGAGGCAACUGUAGACCUGGCCUUUCCCCACAGCGUCCUACAACCCCUACCAAAGAGACAAGCUCUUGAGAAGAGCAGCUGGACCAGCUCUCUCCUCAGUCCCAGUUUUUUGCACUACCAACAGGCUCUGGCCAAUGCACAGCUGCAGCAGCCCACUGCAGCGUUUUAUCCCACAGGUUCUGUCUUCUGCAUGACUCCUGCUAACAACAUUGAUCAUCCUCAAGUAACCACCAGAAACAGGAGUCAGUGCCAUGUUGCUGCUGUUAAGGGUCCCAAACAGCCGCUCUGUAAAUACUCUGUUAACCCCACACAACACAUACAAGCUGCAUGCUAAUAACAUCACUGAUGGAAAAUGUGUAGACAUUACUUUUAUCUAUAAAAAUAAAUUACAUAACUCAAUUACUAGGAUUAUACUGUCUUAGAGAAAUAACACAGAAGAUUAUUGUAUGUACAUGCCUUUGCAACUGAGUUAACAUACAUCCUCAGUAAUGUGCAAAACAUCCUGGUUUCUAUUUCCAAAACCCAAUUCUGACACGAUCUGAGGUGCAUUUACCUUCUGAAUGAGCGGAAAUGCAGUCUGACUCAAAUUCGAAUAUUGGAGCCUCAUAAAUAAAAAUUAACCUUUCUGAAUAAAUUCAACCAUGAAACAUGUUGAAAUCAGACAGAAAUGUAUUUUACUGACAAUUGUAAGAGAUCACGACACACCUAAUCUGAGAUCAGUUUUCAGUGUGUAGACAGAACAUGUUAAUGCCAUGUGUAAAGUGGUCGUAUAUUAUUAUCAACAUAAUAUUGAGCAACAAACUAUUUUUUCCUUCUUGAAUGUCUUAUAUAAUCUAAGAAAGUUUUUUUCACAUUAAUGAUUGUUUAUCUAGUGCCGGAUUUAAUUAUUUUAAUAUAACUCGUGAAAGCACUUAUUUUAACUUUAAACUCCACAUUGUAAAAAUGUAACGUGACAGCAGGGUUAUGGAAGUUCUGGGGUAGUCAAUCUGGGUUCUUUGCCCUGUUAUCCCCAGAAAACAGGAUCAGUGCUCCACCUCCUGGUGUGCCUUUGCAUUGCGUAUACUGUGCAUUAUGUUUGUUGGCACAAAAUUCUAUAAAACCUAUUUUCUACAGAUACUUUCUCUCUUGAAGGUAGUAAAGCAACAGUGAUUCAAACUGUUCAUUUUCCCCUCUUCUUUUGGAUUAUUGGUCCAGGUGAUGUUUGACUUGUUGAUGUAUCCAUGUGAUGGUUUUCAAUUCUGGGGCAGAUUUCACAAAGAUAGACUUUGACUUUGGCUUAGAUCAAACCUAUAAUAGUCAGACUUCAGACAGAUAUCCAAAUUCAUCCAUUGAGCAAAGCUCUCUACUUCUUGUCUGUAUGAAGUAGGACUAAUGUACUAUUAACUCCGGGUGUAUUUACAAACUAGAAAACAUGGCUGACUGAGUAACUAUAUCAAACUGCUCAGCAGAAAAUGUUUGCCUGCUUAAAGAAUUUGUCAGUUACAGGACAUUUUACUGGAAAUAUUCAGUGAAGAGUAUAACAAUACAAACACCUCUUUAUUAUUAUAAAAUGUCAAUGCAGUGCAGACCUGUAGCAGAUCUGAGAUGCUGCGGCUUUUAAUGUGGCUAACUCAUCAGUCAGACUCAGGAUACUCUCUUGGGGCAAACAAAAUGAAGAUGUCCUCAUUGCUGUAUAUUUUCAACAGAUUACUGCAGUCACUAAAAACUCUUCUUCUUAUCAUUAAACAGUCCACAACAUUAUUUGCAAACCACAAAUGAUGAGCCAUAUUUUUUCAGACAUAUUGUCUGAUGAAAAACAACUACAGUGUAGAGUCUUAUGUAAAGCAGAAUUUGGCCAAAAGUCAAAGAUCUCUGUACGCACUUACCUUCAGGUACAUUACCAUUAGCUAUCGAAAGAAGUAAAGUUAAUGUCUGACAAAUGUAUCAUCACUGCAAUGGUAUUUUUGGUGUCUUGGAAGUUAUGUGGGCUGGGCACCACAUGCAUGUGCAUGACACCAAAUAUAAUUCACUAAUUGGCCUAACACUACAAACCAGUCUAAAUUAUCUUUGGGAAACCAGCCCCUGGUUCAACUUGAAGAUACUGUAUAGCAAACCACAUUUUUAGGAAGAGCCUCCACAGUCAUUAUAAUGAACUCAAUAAAAGGGUAUUGGAAUACUACUACUCAUAACUAAAGUUCUUGUGAUACUAUAAAGUUCGAGUUGAGUAGUGUGUGCACUGCUAGUCUUGAUGUUAAAGUCAGUUGUCAGUACUGUAUUAUUUGAAUGUUACAAGUGCCUAAAGAAUUGUGCAUGCAAUUACAUCUAAGCAUAUUUAAAAGGCUUUGUGGGAAAAAUCAUUCAAUUAAAUCGACUCAACUCACAUUUAGAAAGAAAUGUUUAGCAAUGCCAUGUCAGUGCAUUAGUAUGUUGUGUUCGCCUGUUUAGAUUUAGUCUUAUAAUUAAUUUUCAUUCAUGUGACAUUCACUCACAUUUGUAUGUACUAUGUAUAAGAAUGAAUAUCCAGUUUAAUUUUAUUUCGUUUCACAUUUAAGAUGAUAAAGUAGUUUCCGAUGAUGUCUCCUAAUUAGUUAAAUGCGCAGUAAAAUACUAUAUGUAGUAAAAUAGAAUAUAAGGAAUUAGACUUUUUGGUGCAGUUGUGUAUGAUUGAUACCACAAUAUGCAAUUACCUGACUGUGUUUAAAACGGGCAGAGUGGGCAUUGUGUCUGGUUAAGUGAAAAACAAAACUGAUGUUUAACAUAUGUAAUGUUCUCUUGAACAUCUUUUUAUAUAAGUUUUAGUUCCCUGUUUUGCAGUGUGUGAAAACAUCAACCUUUUCCUUUAAUGUUUCUGUCUGUCUUUUCAAGUGACUGGUAUGUUUUUAAAUUGUGUGUCCACAUGUGUGUGAUUAACUCAGACAAUCCACCAAGAGAUGUUGCAUUUGUUAACAUUUUCAUUAUGUAUUUUCAUUGUGAAAAUUUUUACACAUUAUUGGAUGGAAUAUAUGGAGUAUACUUGGAUAUUUUACUUGUUUAAACUUUAGCUACGAACACGUUUAAAGUUCUCAAUAUUCUCUUCUAUUUUAUGAUGAAUGUAAUUUAUUAAACUGACUUUAGCUCUGUUGGAGGUUCCUCAAAGGGCCUUCAUCUGUUGUUUUUAGCCUAUGAAAAGCCGCCUGUGUCGAGGGAUCAAAUGUUGGAGCAAAGAGAAGCUUAAAACAUUUCAUCCUUGCUACUGCCUUGUCAGCUGUAAGGGACAACAAACCUCUGUAUGAGCAAGGCCAUAGAAUUGCUUUUUAUGUACAAAAGUGCAUUGUACAGCCCACAUUUAACAAAAAAGUAAUUAAUGGUUUGCCAUGUUACUGUUUUGAUUUGUUGCUGAGGCAACCUGAAGUUGCAGUGACUAAAAUUUGUAUUUUUGUAGGUGAUAUAAAUAGUUUUUCCUCCUCACAAUAACACAUUAGACUAUACUUUCAGAUAUUUGACUUUAUUACACCAUGGUGAAAACACUAAGUGAUACAGUGCAUAAAAAUAAUGUUUUAAUCUGAAUUUUGUGUUUUACAUAGUUUCCACUGCAUGUCAACAUCUUGCAAAAAAAUAUAAUCCACCACACAGUGAGCUAAAUUUUCAGAAGUCACUUGAUGGUUCAGCGGCUGUAUAAAACUUCAUUAUUUUUUUGUUUAUAUGAUUGCUUUCAAAGUUUAGGUUGCUAUUAAAUAGAUGAUACGGUUCCCUAAUUUAUUAUACCUGCAAAUAAAAGGCAUAUUUCUGAAUGUUUGUUUCACCUUUUGGCAAAAAGCUUGAAUGUCAAGAAAACGCCUGCACAUGGAGCUUGUUUGACAUUUUGAUUCACCCAGUCAAAAACAAAUGGACAGUAAGAAUGUUUGGUCUGACUGACUGACGGAAACAUUUCUCUUAAGCACUUUCUCAAAGGUCAGUCGACUGAGAAGACAUGCUUUUUGUGAACUUUGCCUUAUCUUUGAUCUAAUCCUAAGUUUGCAUUUGUUCAGUAAUUGUGAAUUCAGUAUCUAAUAACUAAAACUAAUUUCCCUCAAUCAUUUUGUGAAAUUGUUACAGCAUGAAUUUUUAGUUUACGGCCAAAAUGACAGACUGUAAAACAAACUGAAACACUACCCUGAAACGCAUGAUGAUGAUGAGACUGACUAACUUGUUAUUAUAAAUGGUUAUAUUAAAAUUACAAGACUUCUGAUGAAGCUGUAUCAGUGCCAUUUGGUUCCAUUCUGGUCUGAAUAUAAACUUUCCCUUUUGCUUUUUUUUUCUUUUGAAACGUGAAAUAAUUUUAUUUGUGCAUAAUUAAACAUUUCAUGUGGAUAGUUUUGUUCCUGUAAAUUCUAAAUUGUGUAAUAUCUAAUAUUGCAAAUAAAUAAAUGUCAAAUAAAUGCCA